AUUUAUUUACUUUAAUAAACGUGCCAGUACAGCGGACGAUUACUGCUACCACUUAAAACAGAUAUUCGGUGUAAAAAUUAAAAAUGAGUUUUGGCCUGCCUUCUGUGAAAGUUAAGCCAGAACAUGUGGGCAACGUUAAAAUACGCGAAGGGCCGUACGGCGUUCCAGACCCGUUCGUCGCCGGUGUCGGUGCAGCCAGGCCGAAAUUGGGCACAGUUCACCCUUUGGAGGCGUCAGAACGUAACUACCACUUAAAUGAGGAAAAGAUGAAUAUGGCCAUGCUCCGCAAUAUACAAGGUCUCCAUGCACCCUUAAAGCUAACUAUGGAAAAAAAAUUUUGCUCUAAGGUUGGCCGCUUACCAUUCCUGCCCAGCUCUAACCUGCAGAUGGAAGUCUUAACAGGUCGCUACCUUGAUAUUGGUUUUGAAGAUAUUCUUAACCCGAGGGAUCUUUCUGAAGUUGGUGUACAACCUCAUGCGGUGAUGGAGAGAUCUUUUGGCCUACUAUAAGAUAGUUAAGUCUUCUACCAUAAUCUCUGGAGUACUGUUUAAAUAAAUUGCUUUUUGUAAUGACAUAUUUUGUUCUUUAUUAAAAUAAUAUCUUCU